CUGUGCUAUUACUCUAUGCGGCAGUGCGGUAACCUGUUACUUGUUAAUCACAGGAACGCCAAGAUGGAUAUCUUCUUUAUUGGCUCUAAAGGAUAGCUGGCUGUGAAUCGCCGUGAUUUCUGGUGCCACGGCAAACAUAAAACGUCGAACUGUCUUCAUGACCCCUAAGAACUAGGCCAAGAAAGGCUGGACCAACUUGUUCACCUGUAUUUCUCUUCUUGGCUUUUAUCUUGUUUUCCCGCCAAGUACGAAUCCGAACUCGCCCAGCAACUUCGCUCUCUCUUCGUUUUCCGUUGCUUUCUUCUCUGAUGAGGAAUGGUCUCUUGCUCAUCGGCCUAGCGUUUUCAUUUCGCUAUACGCUCGGCAACCCCUUGGCCUUAGACCCCGGAUGGGAUGUAUUCGCUGUCAUUUCCCUCGUCGAAUCCCUUCCUAACCAUACUUGGGAGUUUGGUGCUGCCGCAGAGGCCCUACUCGAGCUCUACUCGCCUAUGCUAUCUGUCUUUGGUCCCAAUCCUUUUCCGGCCCCGGCGCCAGAUCCUCAACAAGUCAAGGCUCUCGCGUACGCGCAGAAUAAAAUUGUGUUGGGCACGGAAGCUAAUGUGUUGGGCGAUGGCAGCGGAGCGGUAGGCGAUCCAGCUAGCUUAGGCGUGUAUGCAUGGUUGCUCGGUAAGACAAACGACACCUAUAAGCAAGCCGCGGUAGAACAGAUUCGAUACCUGCUGGAACAGGCGCCGAGGUACCAAAACGAGUCGGGUGCCAUCAGCCAGAGGGUUGAUGUUGCAGAGUUGUGGGCUGACUUCAUGUAUAUGGCUCCACCAUUUAUCGCAUAUUACGCGGCAGAUACUUUGAAUGGGUCAUUGCUUGAGGAAUCUUACAAGCAGUGUGCUUACUAUCGCGAGAUCCUGCAAUCCCAGUACAUCCAGAACGAGUCGUACUAUGGCGCAUGGUCGCAUAUAGUCGGUCCUCAGUCGAGUGAUACUGGUCUGUGGAGUACAGGGAAUGGAUGGGCGGCUGCCGGCAUGACUCGUGUUCUUGCUGUUAUCAUGAAAUCGUUUGUCAGCUCCCAAGAAUCUUGGCACCAGCCCGCUAUCGAAGACCUUACGUCCUGGAUUCGCGAGAUCAUCGAAUCUGCGAUCGCGCUUACUCCCACAGGCACGCCUCUGCUUCGCAACUACCUCGAUGAUGACGCCUGGUUUUCCGAGAUAUCUGGUUCUUGCAUGCUUGCAUCGGUAGUAUAUCGCAUGGCGGUUCUAAGACCCGAUGUCUUUGAAUCAUAUAUCCCAUGGGCGGAUAAUAUCAGGACAGAACUAGGGGAAGGUGAACAUAUAACACCAACGGGAAUUGUUUCGCCAGCCGUCAAUCCUCUGGGUUGGGGUGAUUGGAACCCUUAUACGGUGGGAAGUCCAGAGGGACAGGCCAUGGUGAUCUUGAUGUAUACUGGAUGGAGAGACUUGCCGGCCAGAAGGGGAAUGCAAAAGCACAGGAGAGAAAGACAUUGA